GGUCCCACCCACCACUUUUGACAGGGCAACACAGUAAAGUCAGACAGUGAGAGUUAGCAUUAGCUCAGUCAAGCAGCUUUAGUAGCUGCCUCGGACUCAGCAUUCGCUCAAUUAUGCUAAUUUGUGUUCUUUAUAUGGCUUUUUAACCUUUAUCUUGUCGUAGCCGUGCACGCGCGUGACUCGCUUGUUAGCAUAAGGCGGUAGUUCCUCUUGAUUAGCUAUCAAGCUACUGUAUGUCAUCGUAGCAACGGGGAGCUCAUUUAUUGCCAGGCAUCAUUUUAAUAGGUCGGUGACUCUUUUAUUUAAUCAGCAUGGGUGAUCCCUGGCAGGAGUGUAUGGACCACUGCGUGGAGAUCACCAGAAAGGCUGGCAAGAUGAUCUGCGACGCGCUCCAACAGGACAUCACUGUCAUGGAGAAAAGCUCGCCUGUCGACCUGGUGACGGAGACGGACCAGAAAGUAGAGCAGCUCAUUAUAUCGUCCAUCAAGGAAAAGUAUCCUACACACAGCUUCAUUGGAGAAGAGUCGGUGGCUGCAGGUGCACCAAGUGUCCUCACAGACAAUCCAACUUGGAUCAUUGAUCCCAUUGAUGGUACUACUAACUUUGUUCACAGGUUCCCAUUUGUGUCUGUGUCAAUCGGCUUCACUGUGAAUAAAGAGAUUGAGUUUGGGAUUGUCUACAGCUGUGUUGAGGACAAAAUGUACACAGCACGGAAAGGGAAAGGCGCAUUCUGCAACGGCGUCCCCAUCAAGGUUUCUGGACAGGAAGACGUGAGGCAGUCUCUGGUACUGACAGAAAUGGGAUUUAAGAAGGAUCCUGAGCAGUUUAAAACGAUGCUGGCCAACGUCAAGACCAUCCUCACCAUCCCUGUACAUGGGAUUCGCUCUCCGGGCAGCGCCGCCGUCAACAUGUGUCUGGUCGCGUGCGGCUCGGCCGACGCUUACUACCACAUGGGCAUCCACUGCUGGGACAUGGCCGGAGGCGCAGCGAUCGUCAGAGAGGCCGGGGGCGUCGUCCUGGACAUUUCAGGUGGACCGUUUGACCUCAUGUCUCGGAGGCUGAUCGCGGCCAGCACCAGGGCAAUAGCCGAGCGCAUCGCUAAGGAGGUAACGGAGUUUCACGUGGGCAGGGACGACACAGAUGGCGUGUAAACUCCCAGCAACUCCUUAGCCAACGCAACAGUUGCUUAAACGCGCUCGAUGGCUGUUUGCUGAACAGGUCAGAUGUGAAUCCUUGCCUUAAAGAACCUAUACGACAGUUACCUCUUGAAACUACUGUAAGCGGCCAGUGGGUUUGUUAAAGAUUUAGCACGAGUCAUUUUUCUGCUGUGUGAUUCCUUUUGUGUGUUUAUUUGUUUAUUCAUUAAUCAAGAUUCCAAGUAUCUGUUCUGUUGGAUUUAAGUAAAUGUAAACGCCAACACUGGUUUGCACCAUGAGAUCAGAGGAAUGUGUUCACAGCACGCUAUGAAUCUUCUUUACUGUAUCGCUGCACUGAUGGUGUUCAAUAUUUUAUUAUUAAAUGUGCUUCGUAUGGAUGUAAUGAAAUCCCCACAAAACGCAGCAUCGCCUGCUCAAGUCCCAACUUCUUUGUGACACAUGAAGGUGAAAUGCAUUUUGUGAUCAACUACACAAAAUAAAAACAACACUUCUGA